UCACAAACAAUGAUGGAUUGGACUUCCUGCCGUGAUUUAUGCAUCUCAGAAGGUGGUGGACUGGCCGUUCUUAACAACCCUGGUAGCAGUAAGGCUGCUGCUGAAGAAAAAAGUAAGACCGGUAAAGACCUUUGGGUUGCUUUGAGGAAUCACAAUGGCAAUCUACAAUGGAACGAUGGUUCCCCAUUUACUGGAGAAUUUGCAUAUAGGGAUGAAACCCUAGGCUGUUAUGGUCUGGACAACAGCGGAAUUCUGUCCUUUCACUGUGACACAAAGAAGCUGUGCUUGUGUGAGAAAAAGCCUGAGCAGCUUUAACUGGUGCAGUAAGAUGUGUGGUCCGAUACGAACAUUUAUGUCAGAUAUGAAAGCUACACAGGACCUGAGUUUCACCGCUACUGCUGCAGUUCUUACUGGACUCUUGGCCCAAAAAGAGACUGUUACACAGUCAUGUGAAAAAGAAAGUACACCCUAUUUUAAUUCUAUGAGGUAGAUUUACCAAGCAGUGGUUAAGAGUUAAGAAGCAGCGGUCAUAAGACCUCUGAGGUGGCGGACUGAAAUCAUCCCGAUCAGGUACGAUCGGGAUGAUUGACACCAUCUGCUAGCUACUGAUUGACCACAAAUAUGCAGGGGGUGGCAUUUCACAAGCAUUUCACAAGACAUGCUUAUGCAAUGAUAAAUGUCGACAGCGUAUACUGUCGGCAUUUAUUGAUGUCGGGCGGACAUGAUUUGCUAUCACCAUAUAAUAAAUCGGCCCCCAUGGUUUUAUG